UUAUGGUUAUUUUUUGUAAAUAUUGAUAAAAAUACUUAAUAUUGAUUUUAAUAUAAUAUACUGUUAAAAGAAUAACUUUGUAAAUUUUUUAACAGUUUGCUUUGAAGGGUCUAAUGCAUCUGAAUGAAUUUAAGACGUAUUAUAUCUGAAAGUUCUCUCAGGUCAUCAACUUCCUCGCGCAAAAGUUUAAAAAAAAUAGAUGAAAUCACAAAGCUACAAGACGAAAUCGAAUCACUUAAGCUUAAUACAACUUCGUUAAAAGUCUUGUUAGAAAAUAGGGACCUUGCUUUUGGUAAUCUUGCUCGUGAAAAAGAAAAAUUGUACAUUGAACUCAAAAGUGCACAGAGGACUUAUAGGAAUUUACAACAAGAAUUAGUCGAUGAAAGAGAAAUCCAUUCCAAAGAGAAAGAAUUUUUGUUGGAUAAUAUGAAAAGGCUAUCGUUAAAAUUAGCAAAUAGUGGGGCUGCCGAUGCUAUUAUAAGCGAAGAAGAACAUAUUUUGGCAUUACAAAAUGAAAUUAAAUCAAAAGAUGAGGUGAUAUACAAUGUUUGUAGUAAAUAUUUUAAGUUAAAGAAAAGUAAAGAAGAACUGCAAAAGAAGUUUUUUGCUCUACAAAAGCAUACAGAACAGACAUUCGAAACUAUUAUAACGUCUUUAGAGGAUAACAAGAAUUCUUUAGAUUCAUUGCUGGAUGAAUUAAGAGAAAGUGCUAAAAUGAAUCCAAGUCAUAAGAAAUAUAUUAAGUUAUUGAAAAUUAACGCCGAUCUCAAUUUCGAAAAUACCCAAUUGAAAUUGUUUCUUAUUGCUAAGAAUGAAUUCGAAUCCAGUGGAGUUAAAGAAAACGCAUCGAGCAAUGCUUGUUCGCAAACCGAGAACCAAAUUGAUGCGUAUAAAAUCUUGCAACGACAAAAGUCAACGUAUUUUGUCGACAAUGUUAAUCGACGGAUUAAUAGGAGCACCUGCACAGAUAACUAUUAUACUCGUCUAGAGAGCACCUGUAAAGUAGCUGGAGUUUUUAGUAAACAUAAGAAUAUCAUCGGGAAAAUCCGCUAUAGAUCAAUGUCUGAUAGUUUACUACCGAAGGAUUUUUAUAAGUGACUUAUAGAUCUUACCACACUGCAUAAAAAAAUUGCAAUAGCUUGUUUAUUGUUAAAUGGCAACACCGGUCCC